CCUUGCUAUUUACACCGUUAUACCAUGCCCAUCGAUGGAGGAAGAGGAGCAAGAGGAGGAAGAGGAGGAAGAAGACGAUGAAGAAGAAGAAGACAAAGAGGAGGAAGAUGACGAAGAAGAAGAAGACGAAAACGAAGACGACGAAGAGGAGGAAGAAGACAAAGAGGAGGAAGAAGACGAAGAGGAGGAAGAAGACAACGAAGAAGACAACGAAGAAGACGACGAAAACGAAGAAGAGGAAGAGUAGGAAGAAAACAAAGAAGAAGAAGACGAAGAGGAGGAAGAAAACGAAGAGGAGAAAGAAGAUGAAGAAGAAGAAGACGAAGACGAAGAAGAAGAAGAAGAACAAGAACAAGAACAAGAAGAGCGCAAGUCAGAACCAAUGUCAUCCAUCCCUCAUCUCGCCUCCAGCAACUCCCCAUCAUCAUCUCCACCACCUUAUUACAGACGAUAAACAACAAAAAUGAAUGAACUAGCAAGAAUCAA